CAUUCUCACCACCACCAUGUCCGGCCUCGGCGACAACAUCGUCGUCAAUGGAUUCAUGUUCUGCGAAAGGCAUGGUGGCGAAUACUGCCCGUACUGCACCUGUGACCAUCGGUAUGGCAAUAAUGGCGUUCAUGACUUGCACAACGCCCUCCAAGAGCUCGUCGAUGAUGCCAUACGCUUUGACCUGGAAGAGCGCACACCUCAGAACGCGUACGAGCGCGGCGCCGUCCGCGUCCAACCUCGCUCGGAGGACUUUAAGUGCCAGACGCACAACGUGAAGGAUUGCGGGACGUGCUUCGACUGGGUUGGGAUCGUCCGGAAGGAAAUUGAGGACGUGAUAGCGCAGGACAAGUGGCGGCAGAAGAAGAAGAAAUACUUCGAUCGUACUGAUACUGACUGAGGAACCUGGCGUCAUUAGUUGCAAAAGAGCUGUAAUUUUAGUUUCCCCUAUUCUUCGUUGUCCAUGCAAUUCAAGCUCUCAAACGCGCAUGUCGAUCGUCGGAUGCGCGCGUACUAGUCCG